GUUCCCGCGGUUGCCGUGACUACGGCGGGCGCAGUGAAACUGGAGAAGUAGCUUGUGUGGAGGUGCAGCGGAGAAAGCUUUACCAGCUGAGAGGAUGAGGAGCCGUUGUCUGUGUCAGAUUUGUACCUGCGGGCGACACCAUUGUCCACAUGGAAACACAAGGAUUUAUGAAAAUUCUGGCGUGCCUUACCCCACGACUGAGUAUUUGGAAAAAUAUCCUAUGUAUGGCAAUGUUCUUCCACCUCAGAGUCUUAAACCCAAGCAAGAAUUUCGAGCAUGCUGUGCUAAAAUGGAAGGAAUAACAACAUUUAAGUCGGAUUAUCGUCCUUAUGAAAUAGUCAAACAGCCUUGCCAUGUACCAGAAGAAUAUAAGCCAAAACUUGGGGAGAUUGAUCUUGGUACUACCUACAAACAGGAUUUUAAUUCUUAUAAAGUGCAGCCUGUGGCAAUAGCCCGGCCUUUGGAAAGACAACAAGUUAAAAAAGGAAAGUUGGACACUGUCCCAACCUACAAAGAUGACUAUAGAGCUUGGGACAUUCAGAAAAGUGAACUUUAUAAACCAGAAGAAACUUACCAUCCCCCUACUGUGAAAUUUGGAAAUUCAACUACAUUUCAGGAUGACUAUGUUCCUCAGGAGAUAAAGCCUAGGCAAAGCUUUAAACCCUCCUUUGUGGUCAGACGGUCUGCAAUGCCUUUUAAUGGUGAUACAAGUCAUCGCCUUGAUUAUGUACCACAUCAGCUAGAAUUCAAGUUUGCAAAGCCAAAAGAAGUGUAUAAGCCAAGCAACCAACCUUUUGAGGAUCUCACAACUCACCGCAAUGACUUUCAGGGUCUUGUUGGUGAAACUGUAAAAAUGUGCAAACCUACAUGCAAUAGAGUGACCCAAAAUGCUCAAUUUGAAGGAAGCACUGAAUUCCGAGAAAGUUUUCAACCAUGGGAAAUCCCACCACCUAUAGUCAAGAAAGUACCAGAAUAUGUCCCACCUACAGGUACUAUGCAGUUAAGCAGCACAAGCCAUCUUGACUACGUUCCAUAUCAGGCCAACCGUGUUGUUCCCAUAAGGCCAGUUUCUCAUAGAAGAAAUGGCAAUUUUCCUUUCCAAGGAAAAAGCACCACGAAGGAAGAUUUUCCAGCAUGGGAAAGUUGUCGUCCAGGAAUUAUUAAAAGGCAUCAGCAGAUUCCCAACCCAUCUGGAAAAUUUGAUGGUUUGAGCACUUUCAGAUCUCACUACGUGCCACAUGAACUGAUUCCCACAAAGAGUUGCAAACCUUUAAAUGUUGCGGUUAGGAGUUCUAUUCCAUUUGAUGAUGUAACCAUGUAUUCUAUAGAGUACACACCAAAGAAGCAGGAAAUCUGCCCUGCUAGCUAUCCUUCCCCUCCAGGUUAUAUAUUUGAAAAUACAAAUUCCCAAGGUCAUAAAUUCUUCCAAGAGAUCAGUACUGCAGUGAAGGCCUUCUAAUCAUCAAAUCAUGCUUAAAAGGAAGCUAACUAGCAAGAUGUUGGUUUCCCAAGGGCAAAAUCAAUUUUUAUAGUGGAAAAAAAUUUAUGAGAGAGAUAUAACGAAUGAAUCAUUUUUUCAGAUUUUUAAAGAAUAAAAUUGGAAAAUUUACUAUAGGCAAUCAGAAUCUUAAAAUCUAUUUUAUUUUUUUAUCUUUUAGCCAAGAUUAUUCUUGAAAAUGCAUUUUUGAAAACUGAAUGAUAUAUAUUCCCAUGUGAACAAUUUUAAUAUCUAACAUACUGUUGGAUAGCUUGUCCCCAAUUUAUUAUCAUUUAUACUUCUGUUUAUAAUUAUGGCAGUUACAGGGUUAUUCAUGUAUUCAUUUUCAUUUAUCAAGUGCAUUAGGACUAUCUAGAGCACCACUGAAAAUGACAUAUGGACUCCUCUUACAAGACAAUAGUAUUCAUUUUCCUCAGACUUCAAGGCAUCUAUAUAGUGUUCACUGAGAAAUUUUGGCUUGUAGUGUUGGAGACUGCUGCAUUGCUCCUCACUGUGCUCAAGUUAGCAAGAAGCAUUGUGGUCUGGAAGGAAAGGCUGAGAAUCAGAAGACUUGAGUUCAAGUUCUAA